GCAGUUUUUAUCGCUACAACAGCCUACAUUUCAUUGUUAGCUAUUGCUGUGCACGGUUGUACUCGCACGGUGACAAGGAAAAAAUUUCGGGCACCUUUGACAUACAUUUCUCUGAUAUGAACGUGUGUAGUUAGUUAAUUACCUAUGUUUUUCGACAAUGAAGUGUUAAAAGAAAAUUUAUUGUUCACAGCGACCUUCAAACCGCUAUUGAAAUGUUUUAAUACCGUUUUCAACGCUUUAGUGAAUUGUGUUUUGUCCCAAAAAUUAAAUUCAGGUCGCUAAUAAAGCCCGAUUUAAAUGAUAAAAGACAAUUCUCCAUGCUUUCACGAGUAAGAAUACAAUGAGACAGAAAGCGAUUCAUAAACAUGUUAACACGAGAAUGGCACAGACUAUCCAGUUAGAGCAAGUUAAACAAUCACAAAGAAAAAUAAAAAAGAAGCAAUGAUAAGUGAUAAGCGCUACGUAAUCUUAUUUUUCUACCAGUUAACAAAUUGGCACCACAGAUACAGGUUCAGUUGUUGCGUUCGCUGAUCAAUAACUAAAAAUGGUAACGUUUCAUAAACUAUUAUUUAUCAUUCUCGGGUUAUUAAUAGCGACGAUCUUCCUCUUAUCACAAUACCGAACCGAAUUGACACCACCGCAAACAUUAAAACGCAAUGUAGACGACAAACCAACCUUUCUGGACAAUAACGACACCAAAACGAUUCUUUACUGGACACCAAUGUUCCAAAGCCUCAAUUUCUAUCUCGGCUUGGGGUCGAAAAUUUUCGAAAAAUGUGCCUACAACAACUGUUAUGCUACCUACGUCAAAAAUGAACGUCCCGUCGAAAAAUUCGACGCCAUAAUCUUCCACGGCGUGGAGUACCAGGAGAAAUGGUUCGGCAAGCCGCAAAAACGCAACCCGAACCAAGUUUAUAUUUUCUCCAACCAGGAAUCACCAGUGAAUACUCCGUCCUUCAUUAGGGAUUUUGACAACUUUUACAAUUGGACGAUGACUUACCGAUUGGAUUCCGAUAUCCUUCGUCCUUACGGCUUCCUUGUGAAGCAAAAAACCGGCUACAAGUUACCCACAGUUGAAGAAAUUCAAAAACGGCCGAAAAAAAUUGCGUGGUUUGUCUCGAAUUGUGGAACCUCGAGUGAGAGGGAACUACUGGUCAAUGAAAUACAAAAAGAGAUACACGUAGAUGUUUACGGAAGAUGUGGUACUUUACACUGUGAGAAAAAUAAUAAAGAAGGGUGCUAUGAUAUGAUGGAAAGGAAGUACAAAUUUUACCUCUCGUUUGAAAAUUCGAUUUGUGAAGACUACGUUACGGAGAAGUUGUACAAUGUUCUGCAACGAAAUAUAGUGCCAAUUGUGUACGGUGGUGCCGAUUAUAACACUCUCGCGCCGCCUAAAUCUGUGAUUAAUGUGAUGGAUUUUAUGUCGGUUAAACACUUAGUUAAGCAUUUAAAAUAUCUGGACAGUCACCCCGAAGAGUAUUUAAAGUUUCUCGAGUGGAAAAAGGACUACAUUGUCGAAACUGCAAGUACCCAGACGCUUUGUACGCUAUGUCAGAAAUUAAACGAGCCAAUAAAACAAAAAAUUUACAAUGAUAUUACGAAAUGGUGGGCGGGAAAAGAUCUAGAUAAAUGUAUGGUUAGCAAAAAUGGUUUUCUGGAUAAGUACUUACUCCAGUCGUGAAUCUAUUCGUGCGCCAGUGGUUACGAAAAUAUUUACUUAAAGCCUUUACUUGACGAACUUGUACCAAAGAUAUAUUUAAUAACAAUAAUGAUCUUAAAUUACAUUUUUAGUAGUUGUUAACAAUUGUCUGUUAAUGUUAUACCUGCAUUUUUCUGUUUUGAAUCAAUGCGUAUUUUUGUAUGUUACGAAUUACUAAAUUAUUUUAUGUUCCUUGAUAACAAAACUGUGUUAAGCUCGAAACUGGUAGUACAUAGCAAUUUCAAUAAUUUUAAACUUCUUUGUAAACUGUUAUCGUUAUUUUAAUUUAUAAUGCAUACCUCGCAUACACAAACAGUUUUUAAAAUAAAAAUCUCAGCAUUUU